CUCUGCCUCUGCUCCAGGAAGGGAAGCCACCAUGUCUGACGCGCCGCCGCCGCAGUGGGUCAUCCUGGCCGCCGUCCCGCGCGUGGCCCCGACCGAGGACUUCCCUUCGGGCGAGCACGUCUCAGGCCCCGCCUCCUUCGUCGCACCCCCGUCCCUCUCCUACGUCACCAUGUCGCGCUGGGUCUGCCGCGACGACGCCACCGUCGACAACUACCCCUGCGUAGUCGCCGUAGACCCCUCCGGCGUCUUCCUCCUCUUCGCCAGCCAGGGCCGCGCCGAGGGCCCCCUCAUCGUCGACCGCCCCGACCUCUACCUCUCCAUGCAGCGCGACUUCCACCAGUCCUACUUCCUCUGCAACCCCUACAUCGGCCUCGCCGGCAUUCUCCCCGACCCCGACCGCCCCAUCCUCCACCUUGGCAACCUCGGCCUCAUGGCCGACCCACGCCGCGCGGGCCACUACGCCAUCGCCGAGCUCCAGCCCAUCGGCGGCAGCGACCACGCCACGCUCAUCCGCUACUCCACGGCCAAGGGCAGGUGGGCCGAGAAGGAGCUCGCCUACUCCACGCGUUACCCGGAGUACUGGGGCAGCAACGGCGUCGCCUCCCACGACGGCUGCCUCUGGUGGGUCGAUCUCUCCUUCGGCCUCCUCGCCUGCGAUCCCUGCGCUCGCAGCCCGGAGCUGCGCUGCGUCCCUCUCCCCGACGGCUGCGCUCUGCCACCCGCCGCCACUGAGGCACGUCUCGACCUUGAGAAGCUCCGCUGCGUGAAGCCCAGCGCCGGCAAGCUUCGCUACGUGCAGAUCGACCGCGACGCGCCGUCCACCGUCGUCAGCAUGUGGACGCUCGUCGACAACGCGGUGUGGGAGCUCGACCACCGGGUGCCAUUCGCCGAGAUCUGGGACGACCACAGCUACAAGGACACCGGACUGGAGGAGGCCACGCCCGUGCUAGCGCUCCUCCAUCCCCGUAACCCCGACGUCGUCUACUUCUGGCUCACCUCGCGGAUCUUCGCCGUCGAUCUGCGCGCCAGGAAGGUCCUGGAGUGCGAGCCGUUCCAUAUGGACUUCCCGCUGAUGCCGGUGUUCCACUCCUCCCGGUUCGUCCACGCCUGGGAGCUGCCAGCCACGCCCACGCUUCCACGCCGCCAUUCUUCGUCCAGCUCUACAAUUCGUUCGGCUUCUGCAACUUCAACUGGAAUUAAACUUCAUGUCCGAGAUCAGUUAGCUUCUCUUAAUUUGAUCAUGCGCGCAUCUGUCACUACACAUUACGGUCUGAGCAUGAGCCUGCGCCCGAUCCUGGCGAGGACAACGACCACUGCUGUCUACCGUUUCUGGCGAGGAUUGGAAACUUGUGUCAACCAGCCAAGAAUAACCGAGCUGGUUCCUGAGGAGGGGCACCAGAGCAACACUUCCAACAAGAAGAGAGGAAAUGCUUGA